AUGCAGUGCGAUGUUGGCGGGAUCAACUUGGAAGUUUGCCCUGGUUCCUCCUUGACAAAAGGAGAUUUACGUGCUGGCUACUUACGUGCGAACCAUGGCACUGGCAGACAUACCGUCGGCUGGUUACGCACAAUAGCUAUUGUAACCGACUUGCUUGACGAACGCGCCACCCGUGUUUACCUUCAGAAUGAAAACCUCCAGGCUACCAUGCACCACUUCACGUCGACUUUCAGGGCACUUGGAUGUCGCAUUGUCUAUCGACCCUUCGCUCGAGGUCUAGGUGCUCGACGUCAGUUGUUUGUUACCAGGCUCUUUCCCAAUCGAACCUGGCCGCUCCGUUCUGCAAGCGACGAUAUCCUGAAGGCCCAGGUUUCCUGA